AGUUACCCUGUGACAGGCAUAGAGAAGGCAUGUACUACCACAACACUACCACCACGUGAGCAGCGGAUAGGACAUGGCGAUGUAUACCACAGGAAGUGCUGGGGAGUUAGCAGGAGGCCAGUUAACCAUGGGGAUCAUAGGCUGCUUGCCAGACAACGUCCAGCAGGCUAUCAAGAGUUUCUCCAUUCAAGAUGGCAGGCAGCACAUUACAUUGGCUUUCCCCACGAUGGAGGAGCUGGUGAAGAGGUUUGCGGAGCCACCGGGCCCCACUGCUCUCCACGAGAGACCUGCCAACUGCGGUUGCUUCAUGUCCAUCACUCCAGCCCUCUUGUUCGACCGCUGCCCAGAGGUGAUUCAGGGAUUCGAGACACUUGUUACUCUGGUUCCCACCACACUCAGGACAUCACAUCCAGUGGGGCUCCUGACGGUUAACCAGAAGGGCACAAUGGAAGGAGUGAAGCGCCACUUGGAGAGCCUUGUAUCCUUGCUGGCCACCAACAGGACGGUGCACACUCUGUGGCACAUGCCGUUGAUUACAAGUGAUUUAAGCGGCACGGUGCUAGAACAAGUGCUGGACAAUUGCAGCAAGAGGAUCCUGGAAGCGCACGGAGACAGUCUGGCCAAACUCUACCCUUUAACGCGACCACAUGAGCUUCUCCUGCUUGUCAAGGAAAAAAUACUUCAGCCAUCUUUUCUUAGCUACAAAGAACUACUGUUGCUUAAUAUUCAGGAAGUGACGUCACGACUUAGCGCGUCCUCCUCCACUACAGACCCAUGUUACUUCAAGUCACUAAUGGAACAUUUGCAAUCUCCGUCCUGCACCCUGCCGGAUUUUCGGAGAAUUCAUAUGUACUUAAUGAGCCCACAGCUUGAUCCUGCUAUCAGGGAGUUAUGGCGAGUUUGGAGUCAUGAACAGGUUGCAUCCAAAGUGUUCCCAGUAUGCAACGCGAGCAAUCGACUAGGAUCCCUGUUCUAUACAACAUCACCUCAGGGAGAGAUGUGCAUGAUAAACCAAUCGGCGGGCGCUGCGGCAGCGUUGUUGGGUCACGUGACCCAUGUACCCAUCAAGGAGGGGCUACACAGCGUUAUCAAGUGCCUGAAGAACCAGGAUCUAGCUUUCUCGCCUCCCUCGUCACCCGAAGACAAACCUCUGAGAUCCAGGACGUGCGCAUGUGCAGUAUGCCGCGGGGAAACGGGCCACUGUCGGUCUUCCCGACGUCAAGAGAAAAUGGUGUCUGCUGCAAAUCUCGGCCAGGAGUCAGCGUUCCAUCGGCCAGCUACUUCAUCUCCCAAUCAGCGCUUCUCACUGCUAUCCCCUGCACUCUGCUCGUCAGAGCGGUACAGAGGACACGAUGGGCCCCAACAGGGGCUACAUACACCCGUUCCAGUCAUCCUGAAAUAUUACACAGGUCCUUCAAACGUAGUGACACCCCCACCCUCCAUGUACUACAGAUGGAAGAUGUUCGCAGACAACUGAACCACGGUAUGUUCUACUGAACUAUGGACGGAGGAGUUUCAGUCAACAAGCCACAGUGGAUCACAAAGCAUUGUUGAAAAAUAACGAGUUCGAGUAACUUACAGUCUUGGGUCGCGCCAUAGCUCAAGCGGUCAGUCGCUGGCUUCCCACUGUGGCGGCCCGGAUUCG